GCUGCCAGAACGUGCAUGGGUAGAGGACCAUCCAUUAGAGCAUGGACAACCUGCCAGGGGUCACCUCCCCCCAAGAAACUGAGUCCCGGCAGAGGUGGAGCUCUGUGAGUCCCUAUUCCCUCCGUGCUGGACUUUUGACCGGCUUCAUCUUGUAAAGAUCUUGUGCCUGCGCCUCAGCUGCUGCACAAUUCCAAGGCUUAUCUUAACACACAGAUCUACAGGAACAUAGCUAGGGAACUGAGUGUUCUGGGUGAGGCCUCAAGAGGCAGGAUAUAUGCUCAGUUUCCUCAUGGUCAGAGGAAAGGCUGUGCUAAGGCCCUCAGUACGUGUGAGUUAAAGACUCGCAUUUGGAAGAAGCGGAAGGAGUGGUGGAAGUCAUUUCUCCUUUUAUCCACAGACACCCUCUGCCAGCUUCUCGGUGGGACUAAUUGGAGCCCUACAGCAGCCCUACCCAGUCCUGCCCAGAUCAGUGCAGAUGUUCAUACCUUCAUCCAGAUGUUCUAGGCUCCAGAAUCUCUGUCAGCUAUGAGAAGGUAGCAACUUACCUGACUAACCUACCUUCUGACAUGUGUGUGCCUCCCACGAAUAGGGAUGGGUACUAGUCCCACAGAGACAUGGGGACACCUAUGUCCCCUCACAUCCCCCAGGAUUCUCAAAGGAUUGAGCGGUGUAUGUCAAAAAAAGAUCCUUGAGGACAGCGGCUCUCAACCUCCCUAAUGCUGCAACCCUUUAACACAUGUUGUGGUGACCCCCACCAUAAAGUUAUUUUUGUUGCUACUUCACAACUGUAACAGUGUUACUGUUGUGACUCUUAGUGUAAAUAUGUGUAGUUUUGCAAUGCUCUUAGGUGACCCACAGGUUGAGAAACUCUGCUCUAGGAGGUGGCUAGUCUGGGAAGUUCACAGUCUUUGUGUUUAGCUGAUAAACCCAUAAAAAUUUCCACACGUGGUAGUGAAUACUUAUAAUCCUAGCACCAAAAAGACUGAGGCAGAAGAACUGGGUGUUCAAGGCCAGAUCUAGGCUACAUUGUAAAACCUGGUCCCUCCAAAAUGAACUAAACUCUUGCACGUUAAAAGAGGACACACAGGCAUUGUACAAUGUCUAAGUCAGAUUAUUUAUUCACAUUUGUAAACAUUUAUUAUCUCUCUUUUAGUUUAAAAAAAAAACACCUUUGUUUCAAUUUUCUUGAAGUCACCGAGGCUGGCCUUGAACUCUUGAUACUCUUUCCUCCAUUGCCUGAAUGCUGGGAUUUUGGACAUGAACCGUUAUGCCUAGCUGGUGACAAUUUAAAAACUCUUCUCACAGCUUUUUUUUUUUUUUUUUUUUUUUUAAUGUACAGUGUUGUUAUCGGUAGUCAACCUGGCAUGCAAUAACACACCAGAGCUUCUUGCUUCUAUCCAGCUGUGGCCAGUACACAGUGACGGAUGCCCUGCAGCCCUCGCUGCCCACCCUCCCUCCUCAGGUGACCACCUCUCAGCUUGUGUAGGGCCAAUAUUUUGGAUUCAAAACCUUGUGUGAGUGAGAUCAUGUGGCAGUCCUCUUCUUUAUUUCACUUUACAUGAUUCCGGUUCCUUCGAUAUGGGGUGAUUAAUAUUAAAUAUAGGCAACCCAUUUUCUUUGUCCAGUCAUCAGUUGACAGACUUAUAGGUUGUUUCAAUGUUUUGCAUAUUAUGAAGAGUUUUUAUAAUCAAUGCGGAAAUUACGGUGUGUCUUUGACAUACUGAUUUCUUUUUUUUUUUUUAAUAAAUCCCCACUAAUGGUGGCAUUUCUGGAUCAUGAGAGAGUUCUCUUUUAAUUUCUGGGAGACCCUCCAUCCUAUUGCCCAUAGUCGUUCUACUAAUUUACAGCCCAACCAGUAGUGCAAAAAUGUUCGCCUUUUCCAUAUCCUCCCCAACACUUGUUAUCUUUAGUCUUUCUAUGGUAGCCAUUCUUACUGAAGCUAGACACUUAAUCCCAGUUUUUGCUUGUAUUUCUAGGUAAUUAGUGAUGCCCUGCAUCUUUUCUUUCUGUCACACUGAUAUCCAUCACUCUUGGGGAAGUGGUCUGGUGUAUGAAUAUCUGUUCAAAACAGUACUUUAGGUUUGUUAGACUACCAAGUCAAAAUACCACAUACAGAACACACUCUGGCAGCACUUGCUUUCCCCAUGCCCUUCCUACCCCUGUGAGCCUUGAUUUUCCAUCUCUAAAAGAAAUGACCAGGCCUCUUUCCCCUGUUUAUGAGAGCAGAUGUUUGAGAUGAGACUGAAGCUCUGUGAGACGGUAAGUGUCCAACGCAGGAUGCGCUGGGGCAACUCAUUAGCAAAGAAUCCUUCCUUGAGAAGACGUCUCACCACUGAGACACCUCAGUGUGGAACCCACUGUCCUGGCCUCACUCCAAGUUUAAUCCACAGUAGCACCCCUGGCUCUAGAAACAUCAGUGGAGACCAGAAUAAAAGUCUCUCAGCAGGAUUUUUGCCUACACCAAGGCAUUUGGAGGUUUCCCAAAGAGAAAGGAGGAUAGCUACUAUCAUGGAAUUUAAUAAUAAUAAUGAGUACUUGGUGUAUACCAGCGUAAGGACCAGCAAGAUGGCUGAGCCGGUGAAGUAUUAACAGUGCAACAUCACACCUGAAGUCCCAUCCCCAGAAUUCACAUAAAGGUAGAAGGAGACAGGCUCCACAAAGUUGUUCUUUGACUUCAACAUGCAUGCUGAACACACACACACACACACACACACACACACACACACACACACAUUCAUAGUAUUUCUAAAAUAAAGUAUACCAGCAUGAAGACUUUUUAUUUUAGCCUUGUAUCUUCAAAAAAAAAAGAAUUUCCCAUAAUGCAUAUGGUUUUGGAGAAAAUGAAGCUGGAGUUAAUAUUACUCAAUAAAGCCUUCAAGAGAGUGUGCCUUCAAAGUAGAGUAUAACCAACAAAACUACACUCUGUUCCCAUCUGACAGGCUGCAGUGAGUGGGCCACUUGGCAACAAGCCUACCUCAAAGGGCAGAAUAAGAUCAAAGCAUCAGUCAUCUAUCACUGCCCCCAAGCAGUGCAGGCCUAAUGGCUCUUUCCAAUGACCACAUCGUUAGCUCCAGGGAAGUACUAUGCAGUUAGAUCCCUGGAUCCAGGCAGCCAACCUUGAACGUAGCACAGAACUGGCCCUUCCGUGAGAAAACAGAAUGAGUUCCAACCCAACCACUCCAAAAUAGAAGCUUCUCUCUGACCCCUGAGGUCCUCACACCCUGAUUGGUAUCUCAAGCCAAGCAUCUGGGAAAAGAACAUUUCUACAGCCUCUGGAGACAUUUCUACGGCAGUCCCUGGCCAGGUGAGUAAAUGCGAUAAUGAGAGAGGACAUUUCCCUUCUCCACUCUCUGAGCAAACCUCUCCUCUUAGUCAAGCCUUGCUGGCACGUUAAGACCUCUUUGCUUCUCAGAACUCCGUGGGCAUCCCUUACUCAUGUCCUAUGCAGUCUUGAGUUGCCUGUGCUUCGUAAUAGUGUUUCCAAAACCCUGGGCUUUCAAUAUGACUUGAAGGCAAAUAGUGUAGCCAUUUUCUCUUGAAUUUUCAAGAGGUGAGAGGGAAAGUGCUUAGGCCUGGCAUGGGGUGUCCUGCUCUGCUGGUGAGGACACUCUGCCCUUAGCUGAGUACCUUCAUGUCAUGUGCUUCAAAGAAAUGAAGGUGGUGCUAAAUGGCACGGGCUGUCGCCUCUCCUCUUCCUCUGACCUCUAUAGAAGCUGUGAUCUCCCUGGAAGAGUGAACCAGCAUCGAGCCUUCCCCAGCCCGGAGCAUCUCUAUAAACAGAACUCCCAGGCAGCUGUCAGAGCAGUUCUGGCUCCAACCGUCUGGAGCCAUGCGUCUGCAGCAGCUUCCAGGUUUACUGCUGUUCCUGGUGAUCUCAUUGCCUGCCGGUAACUGCAUGAUCGGGAAUAACGGAGUAGAGUUUCGACCCUGUACUGCACUCGAAGGGUCUUGUUUCUUUGGCUGUAAGCCAGGAUGGUUAUGGGUUGGCUUCUGUAACAAUUCAAUGUCCUGUUGUAAAAAGCUAACAAUAUUUGUGCCUCCUCAAUCCAAAGUUGUGUGACCUAUGCAUCACAGCUCUAAUUAA